GUCCGAUAUUCUUGACAGCCGUCGCGACAACAUGGAGGCGGCCUUGAUUACUAGCCGGGGAGUUGUGCAGUUGAAUAGGUGCGCGCAAUGCGUGAUUAAAGGUGGCACUUUCACCGAGUGCGUGGUAGUCCCAGGCAUGUAUAAUGGCAGUUGUGGAAACUGCAAAUUUAACGUCGAAGGUGGUUACUGUACUUUCGCCAGUAAGUCCAUGGAGAUUCCUUGAAAGGGGCACUUGCGCU